CCAUCGUCUAGCAGUCUCUCAGACAUGGCCACGGGAACCACCACUACCGAGUCCAGGGACGUUGCUGCCCCUCUGCCUAACAUUAAGUCCUCGGCGGCUAUCCUCAGCGGCGCGGGUCUCAAGCAUGUCUCCAGUAUGAGCAUACCAGAACACGCACACCUCAGCGACGAUGAUAUAGCCAACACCAGCAGCCUUAUGAAGGCGUUCGCCUCCAGUCCGGCCCUUUGCACUGUUGGAUCCCUACUGGGCUUAUCGAAUCAAGCGGAGCCACUAAGUGCUGAGGAAGAAGCGGAGUAUGCAGAGUUUGGGGAUCUAGCGGAGUUGUACAGUGAAGAUCCCUCCGUCCAAGCGACCACAGCCUUCCCGAAUUACGAUACAGCAUCAUCGCAUCACAGUAUUGGAGGCCUGGCUCAAAGCGCCAGUUUCAAUUGCCUCCCAAGCCUGCUGGCGUCUGUGGGAGAAUCCCCACGCCCGAGGGCUGGGUCGGAUCCGGCGAUGCAUGACCCCGAGAUCUCUGAUGCUCUUUUUGCUGAGCUACAAAAUCUAGUUUCCAGUCAAGACCGCAGCGUCAAUGAUGAUGUGCAUUAGAACUGAUGACGAUGAACAUUAUAGGCGUUAUUUCUAAAUCAUCACUAUUUGUACACGCUCGUAGACUAGAGAGUUGCUGAGCUACCACUCUGUAAAUUGAUCGCGAUGUUACUACCAUCAAGACUGCAGUUUAUACUCAUACAAAUUUCUGUACUUCUCAUAACUGUUCUGAAGGCCUUCUUAGACUGUCAUGAUGGUAACCUUUUUCUGAGACGAGUUGUCUCGGUUUUCUAUGCAAUGUCCGCGUGGAGUAUCGCGGAUAGUAUUAAUACUGUUCGAUGUACUUGGUGAGAAUCGCCAACAUUUCAUCAUCAUUAUCAUCAUCACUCAAUGUUCCAUAGUUCCUCG